GCUUUGAAAGACGUCAUGGAGGUCGAGGCUACGCGGUGGAUUCAGAGCCGCCAGGAGGACCCGAUUUUGAUCAUGCAUGGGAGCGACACGACACCGCUGACAACCGUGGAGAGAUGGUGCUUGCGCAGCGGCGACAAGAAGGUCGUCAGGAAAGGCCGCGCCAGCAAGGAAUGGCUGAUCCAACGGCUGCAUUUGCAGGACACUGAGGGUGAUACGCACGCUGUUAUAACCGAGCCGGCGGCGAUGGCCUCGAAGGAUGCGUGGACCCAUUUCGCUGCCUUCCGGAAGAUGAUGGGCCUGCCCCGUGAGCUUGGGCAUCGCGGCCUCGUCGUGCACCACUACGUGUACGAUAGGGCCGUAUAUUCGGCCAUGGACCGUCACCACCGGCAACUACAUGCAGCUUUGAGCAUGCACAUGAAAGAUACCAUGGCCGAAGCCGACGCUUCCCUCUGCGAUUUGCUCUCUUGGUACACUUCCGACGCCUGCAAGACGCACGAUAUCCACAACGGUUGGAAAGCUGCGGCUUUGGAGUUUCUCGUUACCAAGGAAGUCACCAGGUCCACGUUCAUCGCAAUUGCUUCUUUGCGCAACUCCUUCGACAUCCUCAUGAAGCAGGUGCGACCAUGGCUGGACAUGGAGUUCCUGAAAGACUCGGCGUUUGAGGACUGGGCCGUCCACUCGGUCCGCGAGGUCUGGGUUGUCCUAGGCGUGGACGAAAAGUGGCUGGACGAGCUAGAAGAACUCCAACUGAGGUACCAGGAUGGCCAGCUCAAGGUCGCCGCCAAAUUCCGUGGGCGGCCCGACGUCAAGGGUUUCCACCGAUUCAUCAUGGGAGAGACCAGCAGCUCGAAGUAUUUCAUCAAGGGCUUCUCUCAUUGGGCAGGGGAGGUCCGGCGCUUCGUCGCCAUCAUGGCCACGAGUUCGGUGGUUGUGGACACGGCCUUGCAUGCCCUGCUCAAGGACGACCGCCUCAUACAGGUCAUUGGGGCAGUGGAGGCUGGGAUCCACGAGGAGGUCCGCCGCCAGCAGGACAUCUCGGACGAAGUAUGGCAGACGAUCGCUGACAGCAUCGACGAACCGUGGCACCGUCUUCGCGACGACAGUUGCCACGCAGGCCUCGUCAUGGCUUGCUUCACUCAGGGCCGCUUCCGUUCCGUGCACAGCUUGCCCUUCUCGCUUUGCAUCGGCGACGUCGAUGAGAACCUGGACAGCCUCUGCCAGCAGGACAUGCCAGAUGAGGAGACGUCAGCUAAGAUAUGGACCCUGCUCCACGCCGGCUUCGAUAAGGACACCAUCAAGGAUGGCUUGAGGCUGCUGGCCAACGUCUCUUUCUCCUCUACUACGGUGGAGCAGGGGCACGCCGCUGCCAGCACCGUCAUGAAGCACCACAAUGAUUACAGUGCCAACACGAUGACGUGCCGAAGCCUCGUGAAGCAGGCUGCCGCUUUGGUGUCUUUGACGCGGGCGGAGAAGCUCCUGCCGCGACUUCGAGCCCAGCUUCAACGCCUGGCGCGCCGCGAGCCCAACCGCAUUACUGGGCGCCACGUGUACGUGAAGGAACUCUCGUUGCAGGCCAAGGCGGGGGGGGGCGCCGACGGCCGCGCCAGGGGCGCGCGCGCGACGAAAGCCAUCAUCAAGGGCCACGGGAGGGUGUGGCGGGGCAAGUGCGCGCAGGUCGAGCAGCAGUACGCCAGGAAGGCGCAGCGGGCUCGCGUGGAAGCAUUCGCCGACAUCGCAGAGCAGAGGGAGAAGAUCCUCUCCAAGAUCGACGGCUUGCGCGCCGACGAGGCCGAGGCUGACGGCAAAUUGCCUCCGUUGCGCUUGUCGUCGGCGCGGUGGAGCUCGGCGCAGCGCGCUAGGGCGGACGAGUUCUUCUCCGCGUGGCCCCUGAGUUCCAGCGACAUCGAGGAGAGGAGGAGGCUCGCCGCCGAGCCGAUUAUCGCCCCGAAGGUGGAGGUUCAGGAGCUCUUGGAGCCCGUGCCCGUCGCACCCGCGAUUGCGAAUGCCGGCGGCGCUCGCCCAGACUGGGUGCGCCCUGUGUGCUACAACAGGGACUUCUUCAAACGUUGCAUUCUUCGUCUGGUCGACGAGCAGGACGAGGUCGUUUACGUGAAGGUCGUCUACUGCGUCCAGAAUCCCUUGCUCAUCGGGGUGGCCCCCAUGAAGAAGCUGCCCGGCGACGGCCGCCACCUCGCCCCAGACGCGUGGAGCACGUCCAAGAAUGCAUGGGCUCAUCGGUUCGCACGGUGCCCGGGCGAGUUCGCAUGGUCGGAUGAGGGGGGAUUCGAUCCUAAUUGGACCGUUCACGUCCUCUCCAACGUGAAGUCGCUGCGCGGGGCGGACCGCCCAGCGGCCCCGAUACCCAAGGAGACAUCCGGCACCCACUGCGAUUGGGACGUCCUUCCCUGGUUGUUUUCCGAGCUCGACAUGGACACUUGGUCCCAGCUCCCGCAACCGGGAAACCAUGGCCCCCGCCGUGUCGGGGUCAGCUUCGGCCCUGUCGGCAGCGGUGUCGGCGCUGACAUGGACGACCUGACUAUUGCGGAGCUGUUGGAUGAGCUGGACGCUCGUCGCGAAGAGCUUGCCGCAGACGGCGACCGCGCUGAGCUUCGGGAUUUUGUGUGGACGGUGCGCGGCGGUGCGUGGACCGCCGCCCACGCGGGCGUCCCGUGCGACAGUUACCGCGGACAGGCCAAGGCGGAGCUCCCCCCGGACAGCGCCUUGGUCGAUGUGCACUUCGCCCAGAGCGCCGGGAAAACCAAAAAGGCCACUGGCAAAGGCUCCAGCCCCACUCUCGAGCAGAAGGUCGCGAAGUGCAUCCAGGAUAACUUCAAAGGUUGGGAGACCGCCAGAAUCGACACCACCCUGAGGAACAACGUGACCUUGCGCGAGCAGAUCACCCGCGACAAGCAGGCGCUGAUGGAGGGCAGAGAGAAGAUCACGUUUGGAAAGUACUACUUCUUGCGCCUGAAGUCCUUGUAUGGGUCGUCGGAGGCCGCCCAGAUGCUCAACGUGAAGGACGAGUCGCAGCCCAUCCCGGCCAACUUGGAGGACGCGUUGGCUGGGUUGUACGAGAAGAAGAGGGACUACGACGGCAUCAGCUUGCUCUUGGAGACCAUGGGCGAGGUAAACCAGAAGAGUCUCGUUGCCAUCCUGAGGGCAACCUUGGACGUCAAUCCGUCGGGGACGGUCGAAGGGACAGAGUUCGUUCUUGCCGUCAUGGACUACCUGAAGCGGACCGGCAUGGACGUCAAGUACGAGGCGGAGGUGAAGUUCAUGAAGAAGCACUUCGAGACAGCCCUCAUGAAAUCUCACUUGGCUUUCGUGGACAACGACCUGACUCCUCGCGAGUGGUACGACAGGCACGGUGCAGUUGCUUCCCUCGUCCUCCCGGCCGAGGCCUUGCGAGCUUGCAUGUCUUGCAAGAAGAAGUGGGCGGACGUGAAGGAGGAGCUGCACCAGCUCUUGCGGCACGGCUACGACCUGGCCCAGCAGCUCUUUGCGCCGGGCUACCAGGAGUUGGCGGAGGGGGACGUGGGGUCCUUGAUCGACACUUCCAUGAGGGCCUUGCUCGCCGUCAACCCGAUAACGAAGCAGGCGAUCGCGCAGGAGAAGGAGCGCUUCAUCCAGUCCGUGACGAGUAUCGGCAAAGAUCCCGUCGACGUGCACGAGCCCAGGGAUAUUGCCUAUAGGUACCGCCGCGAGGACGUCAAAACCAAGAGCACGAGCAUCUUGGACGAGUGGAACGUGAGGGUUGACGCCACGAAGAAGACCAUCGGGGUCGAGACCGAGGCGUUGCCGAACAUCUUCUGCGAGAAGGACCUGGCGCCGAAGGAUGUGUCCUACCCUGGGGCGACUGUCGCCGCCGAUGCCGUGGCAGACUCCAAAUUGGCCAGGAACGCGUGCAUGAAGUACCUCGCGAACGUGGAGAACCCCACUGCCCAGCAUAUCUCCGACGUGUUCAAGACCCGCGGGAAGUUCCUGAAGUCCGUCGACAAAUAUAUUGACAGGGUGGAGAAGCCUUACUUGGAGCGCUUCAUGGGGGAGCCGGCCGAGGAACGGCUCAAGCAGAGCAUCCUCGCGUGCGUUGACGUUGAGGCUUACCCGAGUCUGGCAGAGUCCGCGGUGGCGUUGACGUCGCUGGGCACUUCCAAGUUGGCGUCGUGGUGCGGGUUGGGGGCCUUGAAGAUUCAGCAGAACACUCUCGAGUACGUGAAGGCGAUGAAGAAUGGCCGCCCGCCGAAGCUCGACCUGGGGGCCAACGCGGGCAUCGAAACCAAGAUUCGCGACGCUUUGGCUUUGUUCUGCGACGCCCCGGGGGCGCCAGAGGAGGGGCAGCCAGCUACUAUCCUGCGCGGGAAAGACGCCGCUCUGGCCAUAUAUGCCGACGUGAAGUCCAAGGCGGACAAGAACGAGCAGGUGAACAUGAAGACGCUGAAGCCGCUGCUGGUGCACGGGUGGCUGCUGGGCCCCGAGGAGGCGUCGAACGUGGAGGAGUGGAGGAAGAAGGUGUGCCCCCAGAGCAUGGCCAAGAGUGGGCAGGCCUCAGGCUCCAAGAGCUCGGGCUCGCAGGCGGACUCGAAGAAAUGCGUGGCAAACUUGUUCAAAAAGUGGUAG